GUAAAGCGCGGAAGGUCGCGGUCGCCGGCUUUCCCCGGAACUUUUUGCUCCCUCCGCCCCGCCCCUUUCCCUGCCCCGUUCCCCGCGUUCUGGCGCCGGGACCCCCCGCAACUGUUGUGGCUGCUGCCCCGCUGCCUCCCGGGUGCUGCUGACCGCGGAGCCCGCGGGGGCCCGUGAGUGUGCAUGUCGGGGGUCUCUGCCGUAGCCGAGUGAGAGCACCGCGCCGAGCUGCUGGCAGACGUGAUGUUUUACCGGCUGCUGUCGGUGGUCCGAAGACAAAGGACCGGCCGAGGAUGGCAGAACUGGUCGUCGGGGAGGAGCGGCGCGUCGGCUGCCGAGGCACAUUCUGUCGCCCUGCCUGCCCAGGCGCAGGUGGUCAUCUGUGGUGGUGGGAUCAUGGGCACAUCCGUGGCCUAUCACCUCUCCAAGAUGGGGUGGAAGGAUAUUGUCCUUCUGGAGCAGGGCAGGCUGGCUGCCGGCUCUACGAGGUUCUGUGCUGGUAUCCUGAGCACCGCCAGGCACUUGACCAUCGAGCAGAAGAUGGCAGACUAUUCCAACAAACUCUACCACCAGUUAGAGCAAGAGACGGGGAUCCAGACAGGUUACAUAAGGACAGGCUCGGUCUUUCUGGCCCAAACUCAGGACCGGCUGAUCUCCCUGAAGCGCAUCAACUCAAGGCUGAACGUCAUAGGUAUCCCUUCUGAGAUCAUCUCCCCCAAGAAAGUCGCCGAACUUCACCCUCUCCUCAACGUGCACGACCUGGUGGGGGCCAUGCAUGUUCCCGAGGAUGCCGUAGUGUCCUCUGCUGACGUGGCUCUUGCCCUGGCAAGUGCUGCCUCCCAAAAUGGUGUUCAGAUCUAUGACCGGACCAGCAUUCUUCAUGUAAUGGUCAAGAAAGGUCAAGUUACUGGUGUGGAGACAGAUAAAGGACAGAUCGAGUGCCAGUAUUUUGUCAACUGUGCUGGUCAGUGGGCAUACGAGCUGGGUCUGUCCAACGAGGAGCCGGUUAGUAUCCCGUUACACGCCUGCGAACACUUCUACCUUCUGACUCGCCCCUUGGAGACCCCUCUGCGGAGCAACACACCGACUAUCGUGGAUGCUGAUGGAAGAAUUUAUAUCCGGAACUGGCAGGGUGGCAUCUUGUCUGGGGGCUUUGAGAAGAACCCGAAGCCAAUCUUCACUGAGGGCAAGAACCAGCUGGAGAUUCAGAAUCUGCAGGAAGACUGGGAUCACUUUGAGCCCCUGCUCAGUUCCCUCCUGCGUCGCAUGCCAGACCUGGAGACUCUGGAGAUCCUGAAGUUGGUGAACUGCCCCGAGACCUUCACCCCAGAUAUGAGGUGCAUCAUGGGCGAGUCUCCUUCAGUUCAGGGCUACUUUGUGCUGGCGGGAAUGAACUCUGCUGGCCUUUCGUUUGGUGGAGGGGCUGGAAGGUACCUCGCUGAAUGGAUGGUGCACGGUUACCCAUCCGAAAACAUCUGGGAGCUGGACUUGAAGCGUUUUGGAGCCCUCCAGAGCAGCCGCACCUUUCUGCGCCACCGGGUCAUGGAAGUCAUGCCUCUGCUGUACGAUCUGAAGGUUCCCCGUUGGGACUUCCAGACCGGGAGGCAGUUACGCACCUCUCCUCUCUAUGACCGGCUGGAUGCACAAGGAGCCAGGUGGAUGGAGAAACAUGGAUUUGAGAGGCCGAAGUACUUUGUGCCACCAGACAAGGACCUCCUGGCAUUGGAGCAGAGCAAGACAUUCUACAAGCCAGACUGGUUUGACAUUGUGGAGUCUGAAGUCAAGUGCUGCAAAGAAGCUGUGUGUGUCAUUGACAUGUCGUCUUUCACAAAGUUUGAAAUAACAUCCACCGGGGACCAGGCGCUGGAAGUCCUACAGUACCUCUUCUCCAACGACCUGGAUGUGCCCGUGGGCCACAUCGUGCACACUGGCAUGCUCAACCAGGGUGGGGGCUAUGAGAACGACUGCAGCAUCGCGCGCCUGGGCAAGCGCAGUUUCUUCAUGAUUUCCCCCACCGACCAGCAGGUCCACUGUUGGGCCUGGCUUAAGAAACACAUGCCGGAAGACAGCAACCUGCUUCUGGAGGACGUCACCUGGAAAUACACCGCCCUCAAUCUGAUCGGUCCCCGAGCUGUGGAUGUGCUGUCUGAGCUGUCCUACGCCCCUAUGACUCCAGACCACUUCCCAAGUCUGUUUUGCAAGGAGAUGAGUGUGGGCUACGCGAAUGGCAUCCGGGUGAUGAGCAUGACUCACACAGGAGAGCCGGGAUUCAUGCUUUAUAUCCCCAUAGAGUAUGCCCUGCACGUGUACAACGAGGUGAUGAGUGUUGGGCAGAAAUACGGAAUCCGGAAUGCUGGGUACUAUGCUCUUCGUAGUCUUCGAAUUGAGAAGUUUUUUGCCUUCUGGGGUCAGGAUUUAAAUACCCUCACCACCCCCCUGGAAUGUGGACGAGAAUCUCGGGUGAAACUGGAAAAGGGGAUGGACUUCAUCGGCCGUGAUGCCCUGCUGCAGCAGAAGCAGAAUGGGGUUUACAAACGCCUCACCAUGUUCAUCCUAGACGAUCACGACACCGACCUGGACCUCUGGCCGUGGUGGGGAGAGCCCAUUUACCGCAACGGGCAGUACGCGGGCAAGACCACCAGCAGUGCCUACAGCUACACCCUGGAGCGCCACGUCUGCCUGGGCUUCGUGCACAAUUUUUCUGAGGACACUGGGGAAGAGCAGGUGGUGACAACAGAUUUCAUCAACCGGGGGGAGUAUGAGAUUGACAUCGCGGGACACCGGUUCCAGGCCAAGGCGAAGCUCUACCCGGUCACCUCGCUGUUCACCCACAAGCGCCGGAAGGAUGACGUGGAGCUCAGUGACUUGCACGGGAAGUAAUGGCCACUAGCCUCGCUUCCCCACCUGCCCACUCCCGCAGGGCUCCCCCCCUUACCCCCCACCCCUGUCCCCUGCCUCCCAGCUCCUUGAUGGGAUUUUAAACUUCACCCGCUUUUAAACUUUUUGCUUUGCAGCCUCUCUUCUCACCUUCCCUCCUCCCUUUCCCAUCUGCUACUCAUUCUGGGCUGUUCUUCCCACCCACCCCUUCACCCCCCCGAUUCCCAUGGCGACAUGAAGCAUGGCUGAUGGGCAGGACAGGUGCAAACUCCACUUGUGGAAGUAGGUAACCGUGACGGUCUGAUUUCUAAUGUUGUGUCUCGAAGCAAGGGAAGCGGGGGCUAACUAACUUUUCUCGGAGCGCCCAGCCGCUCAUUUUGGUGGGUGUUAUGUGCUUGACUCAGCGCUUUGCGCGAGCCCGCCCGUGCUGCGCCAGGCAGACCAUUCUCCUUUUCCACUGGGCUGUGGGUGGGCACCCUGACCCCUCUAGCAAGAGGAUGACCAUCUACCUCACUCAUGAGCGGCAUCACGUGGACGUUACCUGGUCUCUAGCGAACAGCUGACCUGGCUCCGGCCUAAAAUUCCUUCUGUCUCAGAGGGUUUGUUGGCCUGAGUAAACAAGCCGGUGUUUGAAAGGGAAAAACCAUGUUGCCUUUUGUGUUGCUCUUCCCAGCUGAAAGGGUCUGCUCUCCGGAGGUGCUCAGCACCGAGGUGGUUUCCCGCCCUUAGAAGGCUGCUUCCUGCCGCUCCGGGCUUGGUGACCCGACCCAGCAUCUCCCUCACCUGUCCCUCGUGUGGCAGGCGCUGCUGUCCCUGCGGAACAGGGUGGGUGUGCUGUCCUGGUGAGGAACCAAACCUUGCUGGUUUGGCUUCCUCUGGCCCAGAAUAGGCAGAUCCCGCCCCCCCCGCCGACUGACCCCACGGGUCUGUGGAGAGGGUACAUUCUGUGGGUCUGCCUGCCAGCCAGCCGGCGCUCUGGGUCUCUGGAAUGGGAAAGGGCCUAGGGCGCCGGGAAGGCCCUCCACACUGUUAGGUAGGCUCUGCGUCCCCAGAUUUUAAACCUUUGUCGUGGUAACUUGGAAGCGUUAGCUCUGAUAGGUCUCUGUACUGGAGAGUCUUUUGUUUUAGAGCAGCUUAAAAUUCUCAGGCGGGUCUGUCUGUUUUGGAAGCGUUAGCUCUGAUAGGUCUCUGUACUGGAGAGUCUUUUGUUUUAGAGCAGCUUAAAAUUCUCAGGCGGGUCUGUCUGUUGUGGCAUUUCUUGGGGUGUUUACUUAAUCAGACGGAUUCCUUCUAGACACUGCUUGCCAUUUUCCCAGCCAGACAACUCCUACUUGAUUACUGACUGCUCAAGGAGGUCUCGAUUGAUUUAUUAAGGGAGUUAGGUCGUUAGAACUCUGUUCCCUGAGAGCUGCUGCCCUUGGGUAGGGAGGAGAAAGGGGCAGAGCGGUCGCCCCGCUGCAAAGCAGAGUGCAGCAGCUGAGAUGCGCAUAGGAGAGCGGGCGCGGGGCCGACACGGCAGAGGCCCAACUGACCAAGGAACGCGGCGCUUAAAGUAUGCUGUGCUCUGUGCCACGCUCGUCUUUGUAAAUGGAUUAUUUAGGGUUGAAUCUAAAAGACAUUCUAGAUUUAUGUGUUAAGGGUCACACUUUUAAGACUCUGGCGAGAUGUUAAUAUCCUGGGGCAUCACUUGUUUAUUGAGGGCCCUGACACACACUUCACUUCUGCCACUUUGACACCCUUGAAAUCUCUUGCUUAAUUCAGACAUCAUCAGUGUGAAUCGGGUAGUUUCUCUCUUUGGUCCUAACUCUGAAGGGGGUGACUCACUCCUGCCUCCUUGCACACCGGGCAGUCAGGCCACGUGCAUUUACCUUGUGUGAUCACUCGUCUCUCCCUAGAGAUCCCUCAGAUCUGGACUCCCAGACUGUACGAUGGCUGGUCCCUUUUCUCUCUGAAAUGAUCCGCCGUCACCUCUUGUGCUCUCUUGAGGGAGGGGCUCUACUCUCUCCUUUUUGAACCUGGAAACACAAAGUGUACCGGCCUCAAGCAGAUGAAAACUCAGGGCUGCCCAUCUCCUGUGGCCCCUCUCCUCCCUUGGAACACCUGCUUACUCGUGCCACAUGUAAAUCCUGGUUCCCUGCCGUGGUCACUCGUCUUAUAUGGAAGCUUGCAGCAGAGACACUACCUGUCCAUAACAAGGGCAAAGUCAGGAAAGCUCUAAUUUGGAAAAUUUAAGAGCAAGGGACAAGAACGACCUGCUGACCUGUAACCUGUGUUGGAGCCACAGAGCACCACACGGGCAGGACCUGCUCCAGGAGAGAGAACCCAACAAUUCCCACUACAUUUCUAGUGCUCUGCUGGGGGCGGGGGUCUCUCCCUGUACCCCCAAAUACAAGAGCUGCCGUUCAGACCAGGGGCCCAGAGACCACUUAAGCUCAGUGAUUAACGUCAGUUACCCCAUUUCUGCAGGAGAAACCCGGUCACUUGGCUUCUCACCAGGAGACAUGUCCAUGGAUUCUACCUUCUUGUACAGACCGACAGUUUUACCUCUUUCCAAGAAAGUCACUAAAACAAGUGAAAAGUAACUCCACUUUCUCCAUUACCCUGCCUCUGAGUGCAUUUGAAAUGUUAACCCCCCCCCCCCCCCCCGGAUGCAGCAGGAAUGACAGCAGCUUUCCGAAAGUGGUUUAGCUUCACUGAAGAGCUGACCCCUCACCUUGCUUUCUGGCUUGGUUUAUCCUCUGCCUCACGGACACGUGUGCUGGCAUCGGAGUGAGUCUUUACCUUCCUCUGAGAACCUAAGGGACAUAAAAGGGAAACUUCUAUAACCUGUUGUCUUGGUUCUGACCCUAGAAGGCUGUGUCCCGGCUGACUUUCAGGGGUAGCUACCGGGUUCGAUCUUCUCUUUGUAGCUGCCUGACCAGUAUAAGCAGCAAGGAGCAGCAAGGCUCCCCUUUAGUGUCCAAGGUAGAGGUGUGGUCACUAGUGCUUAAUACUGAAGAACUUUCUACUGUUUGUUUCCAUUUCCUUUUGCACACCCCCCUGCACCCACAUGCCUCCCCAAAUUGAUAAAAGCAGCUUUUAUCAGCACGAUAAAGGGAACAUUUUCACGACUCAAGAAUAGUCAUUUGCAGGCACAUGGAUUCAGGAGCAGCAGAGCAGAGGGGCAGAAAUGGUAGCUGACCGAAGGGUCGUGCUAACCGUGUCCCGCUGUGAGCGAGCCCCGGCUCUGCCUGGCAGCCCCCACCUCGGCCUCCUCCACUGCAAGGUGCUGAGUUGUAAGGCUCCCUCCCCACCCGCACAGGGAUUGCAUUUGCAGUCCCUCAUCACUACAAAUGCACUAUUUUUCCAGAGAACUAAAUAUUUUUGUAUGUCUUUGCCUUCUCUGUCCAUUAAACACCAGAGUUAUUCAUUGUAUAAUAUGAUUCUUGACCUCUCUGAGCAGAGACUCUGCAUCCCUUGAAGAAUUAGACAUUUCUUCAUGGGCUCGCUUUCUCUUAUUUAGAUGUACCUAUUUUUACCCUUCGCAAACCUUUUCUGCCUUCUCGGUUUUCUGUCUCUCAAGGACAGAAAUUACAAGAGGGUGGAGAGGAUAUUUUUAGCAUCUGUUUCAAAAGAUCUAUGCCAGGAUUUCCUUUGCACACCAAGAACUGGAGCUGGGAGCACCUCUCUUUAAGCCCGGUUCUCGUGCCUUACCCCAGAAUGUCCCAUGGUGGGUGUAGACAGGAAGGAUGAAAAGAAACUUCAUUUCAGUCUGAGGGUUCCCAUCCACCCCACCAUAGCCUCCCUUCCCCAGAUCAAGCAGGUGAGGGGUAGAAAGUUUCUGCAGCUUGUUUCAAUCGGGGUUUCUAGCAGCAUAGUUAAUACUCUCGGGUCUACUCUUGGGAUCCAGGAAAUGCCACUGUAAUGAUUGUACAAGGCUGUAACUCCUUAUUUACGUUUAUAAAUGUGCAGUUCGCUCAGCCCCUUUCUGUCCCUGUGUAGCGUCAGCUUGUGGUGCUGAAGACAUCGGAGGCACUUUAGGGGCUGGGAUUUUUCUCAAGAGCUCUGAUGACUUCAGGUACCUAGGGGGACUGAGCAUUUCUGCCUCCAUGAAUGCGGUAUUAAUAUUGUGCACUGUGUUUCUAUCAAGCCAGAUUCCAAUUAAGAUUUUCUUUUCGUAUUACUAAGUUUGUAAAUGAAUAA